AUGGCCAUCGGCAUCGCUGAGCAAAAUGAACAAAUCACAUACCUCCGCUCGGUUCUAGCCAUCUUAACCACCUCAACCAAUGACCUCAUCGCCGAGCUGUCUUCCUCUUCGGCCGGUAAGGCUACAGUCAGCAACGGAGCAAAGACAAACCCUGAUGUUCGAAUCCCGAAAACCCCCAAGGCCGAAGAGGCCCGUAAACGCGUCAUCGCUGCCACGACAUCGCUCGAGGCGGCAAUCUUGACGCCCCAGUGGCGUCUCGGCCAUCUGGCCCACAGCUAUUACAUUUCUCGCGCGCUUCACAUGGUCGUGGAGUGGGAGAUACCCCAGCUCCUGGCCGCUAAUGGCCCCAUGACGCUUGACGCUCUCGCUUCCAAGACGGGCAUCGCCGAUGCGAGUAAGCUGGGCUUCGUUAUGCGGACUCUCUGCGCCCACCACAUCUUUGCCGAGACCUCCCAUGAUGUCUUUGCCAAUGACGAAGCAUCGACAGCCCUCGCUACAGAUGAACGUCUCGCCAACUCUGUCCGCUUCGCCUCCUUUCUCUUUCCAACAGCCGAUGUGCUUCCUGGACUGCUCAAGGAUCCCGUCCUCUGCGCCAGCUACGAGCCGCGAGACUCAGCUUUUGCCAAGAGCAUCGGUAAGGGCAUGGGACAGUUCGAGUUUCUCAACGCGCACCCCGAGUGGCGCGACUGUUUCGACUUUUGGCUCGCUUCGCUGGGCGAGUACCUCCACGGCCUGACCGAUGUGCGCGGGUACCCCUGGGAAACCACCCUCCGGAACGGCGCCGUCAUCGUCGACGUUGGUGGCGGACUCGGUAGCUCGAUCCAAUCCUUGCGUACAAAUUUCCCCCAUCACAAGAACGACUUUGUCGGCAUCGUCCAGGACCAACCCGGCAUGAUUGCGCACGCCACAGCACAUUGGAAUAAGACAGAUCCGCAGGCGUUGACCUCGGGCGUGGUCAAGCUUACACCCCAUGACUUCUUCAAUGAGAACCCGGUCAAGGGAGCCGACGUGUACUGGUUCCGGUCCGUCAUUGUCGACUGGCAGGAUAAGGACUUGACCACCAUGUUCACGCACAUCAGGAAUGCUAUGGCGCCUGGGAAGUCGCGUCUGCUUAUUGGCGAGUACAUACCACACCCGACGUGCGGCGACGCUCUGCUCCCUGAUGCGCCUGCCCCGUUAUUGAAGAAUUACGGGGCGUUCCAGUCCAUGGGGCUCAUCGGAGGGUUCGUUCUGACUGCUAGCCCCAACGGUCGACAGAGGACUUUCCAAGACUUGGAUCGUGUUGUCAAGGCGGCUGGAUUGAAGAUUGUCAAGGUGUGGAUCUGCCGUGGUUUGGGUAAUGUGAUUGAAUGUCGGUUGAAGGAGGAUCGUGCAACUGGCACGAAUGGCAGUCAUUAG